AUGCCUGAAGGAAACGCAGCAGCAGGCCCUGCGCCUGCUGCGCGGCAAGAGGAAGGCGGCUCCUCUCUCAUGUCGAGAAUCGGGUGGGGUCUUGCCAUGUACAUGGGAAUGCAAUUCCUCAUGAAGCAGUUCGUGCCAGCUGCUCCGCAAAGCAAGACUGUCACCGAUGCCUCGGGUCAAACGGUCCAGGUCCCUGCGAACACCGCCGACGUUCCCCCUUACGCUCUACGGCCCAAGACCUUGGAUGAAGGCGCUACCUGGAAUCCAAUUCCACAGAAGCUCGCACCGCUUUGGCCCGACGACAGCGUUAUCGAUAUCAUUAUUACACUCUCGUCCUCUGUCAAGCCGACUCCGCUCAAGGACACACCGGAGGAUAUGAUUGUGUUUAAGGAGGAAGACUUCAAGAUUGGCAAUUGGAGCGAGAAGCGUUCUGUGGACACUACGAUCACAGUUCCCAAGGCUGUUCAGAACAACGGAACACUCUGGGGACACUUCUAUGUUGGUCUGCACGGAGACUCCCGCCUUGAUCCGACACAGCCAGGCUAUGAUCCAGCCAAGGCCUACUACUUCGUCUACCCUUUUACCCAGUACAUCCCCAAGAAGAAGGUCAAGAAGACACGCAGUCUGCUGGAAACCAAAAACAUCACUGAAGCCGAGGAAGCCGAGGAAGAGGAUAUUGGACCCAUCAUCGUCGGAAAUUAUUAUCACCCCAACACCUCGCUGUCCUUUGUCCCGGGAGUUGGCACAAUCAUGUAUCCAACCUCCAGCGGUGCUGUCCGGCAGUUUCUUCAGCUCGAACCUACCGGUGCCCGAGAUGGAUCCGGACAGAAUUCAUGGUACUACCCUAUCCUGUUCGCCAACGGCUUUUGGCAACUCAAGAGCCAACACAGCCUGGUCAAUGAGACUGUCAAGACUUUGCCCGUCCACAUCGAGCUGAACAACCUGGCCAAUUGGAAAUUCCAGGUGAUGUCAUCUAUCGAACUCGGCGGCAGGGAGUCCGCGCGUCAAGCUGCCUUUGGCAACCCUGUUGCCGGUGGCGGUGACGGCAGCGAGAUCGAGAUGAUCAAAGAGAUCUUCCUCGACACAAACCCUAUUCUACUCGGUAUCACCAUCGUAGUCAGUAUUGCGCAUCUGAUCCUCGAGACCCUGGCUUUUGGUUCCGACAUUGCGCACUAUCGCAAGAAGAAGGACAAUGUUGGCAUUUCUGUGCGGUCGAUCCUGGCCAAUGUCUUCAUGCAGACCGUCAUCUUCCUCUACCUCGUGGACAACUCGCAGAACACAAGCUGGAUGAUUCUCGGCUCCCAGGGUGUCGGUAUUAUCAUCGAGCUGUGGAAGAUCACGACCGUGGUUAACGUCAGGGUGCGCGAUGCAGAACCGGGCUCGUGGUUGCCGAAAAAGAUAGUCUUCGAGGAUAAGCACAAGCUCAGCGAAACCGAGGAGAAGACGAAAGAGUACGACGAGAUCGCAUUCAAAUAUCUGUACUGGGUCGGCGCUCCGCUGCUUGUCGCAUACGCUAUCUACUCCCUCGUAUACGACGAGCACAAGUCGUGGUACUCGUUCAUCAUUGCAACCCUCGUGGGCUCCGUCUACGCCUACGGCUUCUUGAUGAUGGUCCCCGCUCUCUACAUCAACUACCGGUUGAAGAGCGUUGCUCACAUGCCGGGCAAGGCAAUGAUGUACAAGUUUUUGAACACAUUCAUUGACGACUUGUUCGCCUUCACCAUCAAGAUGCCGUUGCUGCAUCGUCUUGCGACCUUCCGGGACGACAUCAUCUUCUUUGUCUACCUGUACCAGACCUGGGCGUACACAGUGGACUACACUCGAGUGAACGAGUUUGGCCAAGGUGGAGACGACGAGGACGCCGGAGAGGACAAGAAGGACAGCAAGGAGCUUCCUGCCCCGGCCAAGGAUGAUACUGCGGCCACCGUCAAGGCCACCGGUGCCUCGGGUAGCACGGCCAGUGCUACGAAGAGGAAGUAG